AUGAACCAAAAACGAACUUGGUCCUACGACCAGACUGCCACGAGCUCACCAACCCCCCCGAAACGACAGAAGACGUUUCAAUGCAAUUCGAGCGACACCCUCCCACACAAUCGAUAUACCAUCGCCUGGAUAUGCGCGCUACAUAUAGAGAUGGCCGCAGCCCGCGCCAUGCUUGACGAGAUCCACGCUGAUUUGCCCCAAGACGCCAACGAUAAGAAUGCCUACAUGCUGGGGAGCAUUGGGCCCCAGAACGUUGUGAUUGCAUGCCUGCCCAACGGCCGGUACGGGACGAACAAUGCGACGAACGUGCUGACCAACUUACGAUGGAGCUUCCCAUCCGUCUGCAUGAGUUUCAUGGUUGGCAUUGGAGGUGGAGCGCCUACCAUGGCUGAUCUACGUCUGGGAGACGUCGUUGUCGGCACAAGAGUCAUGCCGUAUGACUUGGGUAAGGUUAUUGAGGGCGGAAAGAUCCAGCGAACAGGGAGCCCAAGAUUUCCCGAUCAAGCACUCCUCACAGUCGUAUCCAGCAUACGAGCGAAGCAUCUGCUAGAACCCAGCCGAGUGUCGUCUAUCUUGGGGGACAUGACAGAAAGAUACCCCGAUUUCAGUUAUCCGACCUCUCCGGACCGCCUGUUUCACCCAGCAUAUAGCCAUGAUCCUCAAUUUUCCUGUUGCAAGAGAUGCGACGCAUCCAAAUUAUUGCCCAGAAGCAGAAGAGUGGCCAACAACCCCAAAAUCCACUACGGUGCCAUUGCCUCUGGAAACCACGUUAUGAAGGAUAGUGCCACGCGAGACAAUGUCGCACGUGAACUUGACAUCAUCUGUUUUGAGAUGGAGGCAGCCGGCUUGAUGGAUAUUCUCCCCUGUCUCCCCAUCCGGGGCAUCUGUGACUACUCGGAUUCACACAAAUCGAAAGAGUGGCAGAAAUAUGCCGCCGCAACUGCCGCCUCAUAUGCGAAGGAGCUGGUCGAGACCCUCCCCGCGAACAAUGGAACAUUUGAGAAUCUGAACAAACCCAGUCCUCCCUCUCAAGAAGCAUCGCCCAAUCGACGACAGCUACUACUAGAAUCGCUCAGGUUCGAGAAAAUUGACUCUCGCAAGAUCAGUAUCAAAACGGCUCACUCCAAGACAUGCCACUGGUUUUUGAAGCUUCCACAGUAUCUGGAAUGGCUUGAUCCCCAGAAGCACGCACAUCAUGGAUUUCUCUGGAUCCGGGGUAAGCCAGGUGCUGGCAAGUCGACAAUCAUGAAGUUCAUCUACCGCAAGAUGAAGACAAAAAAGAGUCAUGGGCGUGCCAUCACUGCAUCCUUCUUUUUCCACGCGCGUGGCGAAGAGCUUGAGAGGUCAAUCCCAGGCAUGUACAGGUCCUUAUUGUUGCAGCUAUUAGAAGGAUACCCCGAUCUCCAGGAAGUUCUGGACGACACUGAUCUCGUUCCACAGGGCCAACUAGGGUGCCCUCAAUUAAACGUUUUGAAAGACCUUUUCCACAAUGCGGUCUCCAAACUCGGCCAGCGCACAUUUACCUGCUUCAUCGAUGCGCUGGAUGAGUGUGAUGAGCAGCAAGUUAUGGAGAUGGUCCGCUACUUUGAAGAGCUGGCAGAAUCUUGUGCGAGUACAGGCGUGCAACUUCGAAUCUGCUUCUCGAGCCGACAUUACCCUUACAUCCGCAUACGACACGGCAUUGAGCUUACGCUGGAGCAUCAGCAAGGCCACUCCGACGACAUGUCCAACUACAUCCAAAGUAACCUCCGGAUCACAAGCACUGCGCUCGUUGAAGAACUUCGCCCUCAAAUGAUUGAGAAGGCUGCCGGUGUCUUCCUCUGGGUUGUGCUUGUGGUCGACAUCCUUAACAAGGAGAAUCGCCGAGGUCGACUAGCUUUGCGGAAGCGGCUUGCAGAGGUCCCGAGUGGCCUGAGUGAGCUCUUCAAGGACAUUUUGAGACGAGACGCGAACAAUAUGGAGGACUUACUGCUUUGUAUUCUUUGGAUCCUCUGUGCAAAGCGGCCGCUGCGACCGGAGGAGUAUUACCAUGCCCUCUGGUCUGGGCUGGCCCUGAAGGACCUGGUUGAUCCCGAGAUGCCUGAUGUCACUGCCUCAGACUCCACUGAAUGCGUUGAGAGUUAUGUCAUUACUUCCUCAAAAGGACUCGCCGAGACCACCAAGGCCAAAAACCCAACCGUACAGUUCAUCCACGAAUCUGUGAGGGAUUUUCUCGUCAAAGACCGGGGCCUUCAAGAACUGUGGCCUGACCUUGGGUUUGACUGGCAAAGCCAAGGUCAUGAGAGGCUCAAGCAAUGCUGCAGCAUGUACAUCAAUCAUCAACCAGUACAUGCAUUUAUUGAUAGCGUUUGGGUUUGGACCGAAUACGUGUUCAGGGCUUCAAAGCCCUACCCAUUUCUGGAGUAUGCUAGCCAACAUGUUCUUUACCAUUCUGACGCUGCGGCCCAAGUUAUCCCCCAAGAAGAGUUUUUGUCUCAAACUUCGGCUCCAGAUUGGGUCACCACGAUCAAUUUGUUCGAAAAAUUCAAGAUCCGCAAGUAUAGCUCGACGGCAAGCCUAAUCUACAUCUUUGCAGACAAGGGGCUCUCCGCGCUCAUCCGAACCUGGCUCCAAAGCAACCCGAACAUUGACAUUCGAGGGGAACGAUACGAGCACCCUCUAUUUGCUGCCCUAGCCAAUGGCCAUAAAGAUGCCGUUACUGCUCUACUAAACACAAGCUCGAGUAUCUGUGAUGGGGUUGGCACUGUUGUUGGCUUCGGGUCCAAAACGGGCUUUGUGGAAUACAAAGGCCGAACGCCUCUGACCUGGGCUGCCCAAGAGGGUCAGACAGAUAUCCUGAGGAUCCUACUCCGGAAGGCUAUUGACAUUGAUGAGGUUGAUCUGCAAGAUUACACACCACUCAUGCGAGCUUCGGGAGCUGGGCACCACGCCAGUGUGUCGUUCCUCAUCGAAGAAGGAGCGUCAGUUGAGAGCCGCCAUGCUCACAGGGCCGUAUCCCUUGCCUUUCAAAAUGGCCAUGCAGCAAUAGUGAAGCUUCUUAUCAAGGCGAAUGUGCGCUGGGACCCCGAUUCCGAAACUCUGCAAGUGGCGCUCAGAAAAGUCUCAGGAAGGGGAAUUGAAGAGAUGGUAAAGUUUUUGAUGGAGGAAAAAGUGAAAAUCUAUGCCUGGGAUUUUGGGAGCCGUACUGCUCUGUCCCGUGCCUUGGAAAAUGGCCACGUCGCAACCUCGAAGCUUCUCAUUGAGACGAACGCAGACUACAACAUUGAUCCCAAAAUUCUGCAAUCGACGCUCAGAAACGCCUCAGAAGCCGAUAAAAAAGAAAUGGUAAAACUGUUGAUCGAGAAAAAAGUUGAAAUCAACGCCCAAUGUUCCCAGGGCUACACUGCUCUGUCCCUUGCUUCACAGAGCGGUCACUUAGCAAUGGUCAAGCUUCUCAUUGAGAACAGCGCUAAAAUCGAACCUGACGCGAAGGGAAGCAAUCCGAAGCCAGCCCUCAUCGAAGCCUCAAAGAACGGCCAUGUGGAAAUAGUGAGGCUCUUGCUUGAGAGGGGAGCAAACACUGAAGCCCGGGAUGAAGAUGGCGAGACAGCCCUCAUUGCAGCCUCAAUCCGCGGCCACGAGACAUUGGCAAGCUUGUUGAUUGAGCAAGGGGCCGAUGUCAACGCGCAAGACGGAGAGGGCAAAUCGCCCCUUCAUCAUAUCAUGAAGAGUGAUGUAAAGUGGUGGAAUGCCCAGCCGCUUUGUGAGCCUUUUACAAAGCUUCUCCUUCGCAGCGGAGCUACCGUUGAUGCAAGAGAUUUCAGUGGCCAAACGCCCCUACUCAAUGCCUGCAGACAUGGACAAAAGGCAGCACUGCGACUUCUCAUUGAGCAGGGAGCUAAUGUCAAUGCAAGAGAUAAAGAGGGAAACACGCCCCUCUUUUGGGCCUGUUCCUUCGGAGAGUCCUCGAGAGAACCUCUACUUCUCAUCGAGAAAGGCGCCGAUGUCAACGCAAAGACUGAACAGGGCAGAACACCCCUACACGGGGUUUGCGAGAUAUAUUGGUCAGAACCUCCCAUGGAGUUAGCCAAUGUUCUCAUCGACAAGGGGGCAGACAUUCAUGCUCGAAAUAGCGAGGGUUCAACACCACUCCAUCUGGCCUUUACCAGACGUCACCAUUCGGUGGUGAAGCUUCUGGUUGAGAGGGGGGCAAAUGUCGACGAUCGCAACCGCCAAGGGGAUACACCAGAGAGUCUUGCCAAGAGGAUGCGGGUUCAAGCAGACGAUCCUCUCAUGUUGGCUCUCAAAGGAUUAUGA